GUCCUGCUUCCUCCUCAAUAAUCACUUAGUGCAGCCGGCAUGUGUCUGGGUCCACGCACCAUGUCGACCACCGUAAAGAGCCUUAAAGUCACCUAUAACCCUGUCAAUGAGAAAAACAUCUUCAUCACUGGCGACAUGGUUACUGGUCAGGUCACUCUGGAAGUGGCCAAAGAGUGUCAGAUAGACUCCCUAUUAAUCAAAUUUAAGGGGAAAGCCGAAGUCGUGUGGACCGAGAGGUGCGGCCAAACCACUGUCGUUUACCACUCCAAGGACAAGUACUUCAGCCGCAAGCAUUACUUCAUCCGAGGCAAAGAUGUCAAAGACAAUGACUAUGCAACACUAUUGACAAACCAGCAUGGAGAAACAUACAGCAGUGUUGUCGCCCCAGGCUGCCAUGUCUACCCAUUCAGCUUUCAGAUCCCUGUCCAGGAUAUGCCAUCCUCCUUCAGCGGUUCUGUUGGUAAAAUUGUGUACUUGCUGGAAGCCAAGCUGAGCAGAUCAAUGAGGAUUUCCAAGAAAGAUUCGGCCAAGAUCAACUUCGUUGCAAAAGCAGACUUCAUCGGUGACCCUGGGCUCAUGACUCCGCAGCACGAGUCUAAGAAUAAGAAGUUGAGUUUUUUCAACUCAGGAACGGUAGCCAUGGAUGUAGAUAUUGAAAAAACUGGUUUCUUCCAAGGAGAAGGAUUAAAGGUUCUGGCCAACAUCCAGAACAACUCCACUCGUGCAAUUAAACCCAAGUACACCAUGUACAAAAAGCACAGCUUCUUUGCAGGCGGGAAGAGAAGAGUGAAUACUAGAUUCCUCUUUCAAGAGGUGGGAGACCCAAUCCCUCCUUCUGCAAGCGAAAAGGUCACAAGGGUGAUCACCAUUCCCCAUGAUUUUGAGCCCUCCAUCCUCAACUGCAGCAUCAUCACAGCCGAGUACAGACUCAAGGUGUACCUGGAUGUCAAAUAUGCUUCAGACCCAGAGAUCAAAUUUCCCAUAGUCAUCUUGCCGGUCACUGAGGUUCCUGCUGUGGCACCACCACCUGCUGCUGCUGGCUUUUCGUCUGGAUUCCCGAGUGCAACAUUCGGGACUCCAGACCCAGCAGCCUGGGGCGUCGCACAACCACAGCCACCAACUGCACCUCAAGCUUUUGAGCCCCCUCCUGCCUAUGGGGCACAUGGGAUGUCGGAUAUUGGCAACUAUUAGUGAAGGGAGUGAGAAGAUAUUUGUGAUAUUAUUAUUGUGAUAUUAGUGAUUCAUGAUGUGUUUGAUUGUAUUGAUUAUUGUCCAUUAAAUUUCAACUAUUAUCUGGUUUCCAAAUUAAAAAUGAUUAUUCAGAGUUGCUCUGCAAAUGAGUCAUGACACAAAACUCUUAUUAAAAGAUUUUGUUUUUGCUUGUC